AUGAGAACCUCUCCCAUCACGCCAGCCGCCACUCUGCUCGGCCUCCUGGGCCUGGCGGUAGGCGCUCCUACGUCGAGCAUUGCGUCGUCCCUCAAGGCAAUCAACAUCCACAAGGCGGACGACAUUCGAGGCAGUGUCACUCUGCCCUCGAGCGUCGAUGGACAUGACAUUGAGUGGUCUUCAUCGGACGCGGACAUCAUCUCACACUCGGGCGUUGUUAAGCGUCCAUCAUCCCAGGCCCAGGUCAACCUGACGGCGUCUGUCACCUCGAAUGGCGAGACCAUAAAGCACACCAUCACCACCACGGUACAACCGGCAGUGCAGCUGGACCCCUUCGAGGGCUAUGCCUUCGCCUACUUUGUCGGCAACACGCUCGCAGGCGAGAACAUUUUCUUCGCCGCCAGUAACGGCAACGACGCUUUGUCGUGGGCCGAGCUCAACAACGGCCAACCAGUGCUCACCUCAUCCAAGGGCACAGGCGGUCUCCGCGAUCCGUUCAUCAUCAGGUCCCCUGAAGGUGACACAUUCUACCUCAUUGCCACAGACCUUUCCAUCGGAAGUGGCACCUCGUGGGGUGAUGCCGUCAGGAAAGGCAGCCUCUAUCUCGAGGUGUGGGAGUCCAACGACCUCAUCAACUGGUCGGAGCAGCGCCAUGUCAAGGUGGCCCCCGACAACGCAGGCAACACCUGGGCGCCUGAAGCGUACUUUGACGACAGCAUCGGCGAGUAUAUUGUCUUCUGGGCCUCGUCGCUCUACGACAACGAGAACGACCCCGACCAUACCGGCACCAGCUACCAUCGCAUGCUGUACGCCACCACCCGCGACUUCAUCACCUUUGGCGAGCCGGUCAUCUGGCAGGACAAUGGCAUGUCCAGGAUCGACUCGACCGUCCUCAAAGCUUCUGACACGUACUACCGCUUCACCAAGGAUGAGGGCGCGAGCGGCACCGGAUGCUCUGAUAUCAUCCAGGAAAGCUCAACCAACCUGCGUGGCACACUCGACUCCUGGACCGUCAUUGCCACCUGCAUCGGUCGUGACGCUGGCACCCAGGCUGUGGAGGGACCGACUGCCUUCAAUUCGAACCCCGGUGAUGUGCACGGUGACAAGUACUAUCUCUUUGUAGACGAAUAUGUCAACCGUGGGUACAUCCCCCUGGAGACCGCCGACAUUGCCAACCCCGACUGGCAGGUCUCUGCCGACUACAGCCUGCCACCAAGUCCUCGUCACGGCACCGUGCUGCCAGUCACGGCCGCUGAGCUUGAGGCCCUCCACUCGGGCGCUCAACAGCCAGCGAAGCGCUCCCCUCUCGCGACAGCCAAGCGACAGAGCGAGGACCUCGCUCUGCUCCCUGGCUACUACGCAGACCCCAACAUUGCCACCUUCCCCAAUGACUGCAACUACUACAUCUACGCCACGACAGACGGCACGCCUGGCUGGGGCGGCUUCGAGUUCUACGUCUGGAAGUCCACCGACCUCGUCGACUGGGUCCGCUCCGAUCAGCCCUUCCUCACCCUCGGCGGCGAGAACGGCAACGUCCCCUGGGCCACCGGCAACGCGUGGGCGCCGACCAUUGCGGAGAAGGACGGCAAGUUCUACUUCUACUUCAGCGGCAACAAUCCCGAGUACAACGCCAAGACCAUGGGCGUGGCCGUCGGUGACUCGCCCGAGGGUCCCUUUGUUGCGCAGCCCGAGCCCAUUGUCACCGGCACCGAGGCGGUCGCGACGAGUGGCGGCUCCAUCGACCCCUGCGUCUUCCGGGAUCCCGUCUCCGGCACGUACUACCUCUACUGGGGCAACGGGACGCCCGUGUACGCGCAGCUCAACGACGACAUGGUCAGCGUCGACUGGUCGACCGCCGCCGAGCAGCAGGGUCUGACGGACUACCGCGAGGGCAGCUUUGUCAACUACCGCGACGGUUUGUACCACAUGACCUACUCGAUUGACGACACGCGCUCCGAGAACUACCGCGUCGGGUAUGCCACAGCCCCUAGCCCUGAUGGUCCCUGGACGUACCACGGCGUCCUCCUCGAGAAGGAUGUUGAGAAGGGCAUCCUGGGUACCGGACACGACUCUGUCCUCAACGUCCCCGGGACUGACGACUGGUACAUUGUGUACCACCGCUUCAAGAUCCCCGACGGCAACGGCACGAACAGGGAGGUCACCAUUGACAGGUUGAACAUUGAUGAGGAGACGGGGCUGUUUGAGAAGGUCGUCCCGACGAUUGGCGGCGUGGAUGCGGAAACCAUCCCUGGGUGUGACGGGAAAUGCAAGCGGAGCCUGGUGAAGGAGUGGAUGGCGUAG